AUGACUCCAGUGCGGGCGCUCCCUUCUUCAACCACAACCACAACUUCAUCUCCAUCAUCUCCAUCAUCUCCAUCUUCAACUUCAGCUACAACAGCAGUAGAUUUAAACAUCUCAGUCUUCCCUCCUCCAACUGGUCUUCACUUGUCCGAAGAGCGAUAUCAGCCUUUAUUUCCUUCUCUUGCUUUUCUUUCUCUAUAUGUUAUGUCCAAACCGCCCCUCAAAAUGGCUUCCACAACCGAUACCUUCGAAAAGGUGCCAUAUCUGAACAUAUUUCCGCUUGAAACCAGGUUUCCUUAUCUCUCCCCCGACGAUUCGCACAAACGAUCGAGACCGGCCACCCUGGCUUGCACCCGUAUCGCCAUCCUCGGUUCCCUAAAAGCCAGCCGACUUCAAGGCAUUCAUAGUGCCUCUAGCGAACCAUCGAGAUAUUCCCCCAGAUCCAAACACGGUGGCGCAAAAACUGAAAAGCAGCCUGGUUAUGCGGAAUCUGCCAUAUUCAAUCUCCUGACAAAUCCAAUAACGGAGCCGAUUCUCCUUUCGCAUCUCACAACUCGCGAUCUCAUUGCUCUUCGUCAAACAUCUCGUUUUCUGCGUGCAAACAUUGACCGACAACACCGACUUUGGCGUACCAUAAAUCUGUCCUGUCCACGCACCAUAACGGCGCCAAACACGCCCUUCACCUACAGAGCAGAAGUAGUUGUCGAUCCACUUCUGUAUCUUUCUAAAGUUCUCAAUAAUCAUGCUCCGAACACCCCGAUUUCACCAUAUUAUCAUACUCGAGUCUUGAUUCUUGAUAACUAUCGUUUCAAGUCAACACACCACCGAAUGUUGGAGGAUUUGUUGUGCAACAUUUUCACAAAUCAGUGUUUAUGGACGAACCUUCGACUCCUGUCUAUUCGCGGGUUCUGGGAUUUAAGCAUCGCGCAAAUAGCAGGUUAUCUCCGGGACUGGGAGGUUGGUAUUCGUGGAGAUUUUCGCAAGACCUACGGCUGGCGGUUCGUGGAUACCGACAACGGUGGAUUCGAAGUUAUCGACCGUGCUGGAAAGGUUGUUCCAAAGGAAAACUGGACCACAAAACGAGGAUGGACGUUAGAAGUUUUCAGAUUCGCUAGCCCGAAACUACUUAACAGGUGUUUACAAAUGGGGUUAUCGCGACCAAGAAAUUUCAGAUCGAUCCCAGUUCCAGUUCCCAGCUACCUUAGCUUGCCAUGCAACGAAGAAAUGGAUGACAAUGGAACCAUUAGGUACAAAAACUACCAAGAAGUUUAUGUUCCCCCAUCCAACCGAAUGGACGAGACCAUUGUUUCGGAGUUAUAUCGAGCCAUGAAGUACGCUGAAAGAAUUGGUAUCGAUCUCGACGUUGGCUUCUGCAAGAAUGAAAGUGGACACGCCAAAUUCCAAAAUGACUUUGGGGAAGUAAGAGAUAAGUGGUGGGGUAUUUGCGAGAGAAGAUGGGAGAGAUGUGUUACUAGAGAAUGCCGUUGGGAAGGGUGGGUUGAGGCUUGCACAAGCUGCCGGUGGGAGGAGAACUGGUGCUGCAAGGGAUGUUUCGGUUGGGUCUGCGAAGGCUGCCGAUCAAAGAAAAGAAACGAUUUUGGGCAGAAGGGCAUCUGGUGUGGCGGAGUGGCAGAGAAGUGUGCAGUUGUCGAGGGGAAAGUAAUUGACCCCGAUAACUCUGCAUAA